GGCUCUCGGGUGAGCGAGGGAUGUUAGGGCAGGAGGCCGGCGCGGACACGGAGGCGGCGGAGCUCCUGCCCUUCCUGGCGCCCGGCGCGCGGGCGGACCUGCAGGCGGCCGCGGCGCAGCACGUGUUGGCUCUGACCGGCUCGGGCCCGGGCCGUACGCUCCUGGCGGGACAGGCAGCGCUGCUGCGGGCUCUAGGCGAGCUUGCGGUGGCCCCCGCCCCAGCUCCUUCCCGCGACGCCUCCCGCGCGCUCGUGAACUUGGCAGCUGACCCCGGCCUGCACCGGCAGCUGCUGGCGGCGGACCCGGAGCUGCCCGCUCGCCUGCUGAGCUGCGUCUUGGACCCUCAAUGGCCCUGGGCUGAAGAGGUGGCCGCAGUACUGGCCAAUCUGACCCGCGAGCUGGCGCCGUGUGCUGCGUUGAUGGAGAAGCUGAUGGCCGCUGAGCCGGCGCGGCCGAGUCUGGAGCAGCUGGUCAACGCGCUGUGCAUGCCCAGCUACAACGCGGCCGCGCCCCUGCAUUACCUGGGGCCGCUGCUCUCCAACCUUAGCCAGCAGGCGGAGGUGCGUGCUUUUCUCCUGGACCCGGACAGGUGCGUGGUCCAACGGCUGCUGCCUCUUACCCAGUAAGCAGAAUCUUUAGUGCGGACGGGGGGAGUCAUGGGGACACUUCAGAAUCGCAGUUUCAAGCAUCGACACCACACGUGGUUGCUCGGGCCCCAAGUCGACAUUCUCCCCUUCUUGCUACUGCCCUUGGCUGGGCCUGAGGAGUUUUCCGAGGAAGAAAUGGACAGGCUGCCUGUUGACCUGCAGUACUUGCCACCAGACAAGCAGCGAGAGCCAGAUGCUGACAUCCGAAAGAUGCUCAUCGAGGCCAUCAUGCUGCUGACAGCCACUGCUCCUGGUCGGCAGCAGAUACGGGACCAGGGUGCUUACUUGAUCCUUCGAGAGCUGUACAACUGGGAGCCGGAGGCUGAUGUUCGAAUAGCUUGUGAGAAGCUUAUCCAGGUGCUUAUUGGUGAUGAGCCAGAGGCUGGCAUGGAAAACCUGCUGGAGGUGCAGGUGCCUGAGGACGUGGAGCGACAGCUGCAACAGUUAGACCAGCAAGAACAGCUAGAGCUUGCUCAAGAGCUAAGAGGCAAGGAUACCCAAGGGACCUGAAGCUCCUUUGGCCUUAGUGCCAGCUCCAGAUCUGCCUUUGCCAGUGUUCCCACACGGUUCUAAAGUACAUGCCCAGUAAAUGUUGAGAAGCGCAAGGACACUGCCCAGUCCUGUGCCCCGUUGCUACCCGCAAGGAUGCAAGUUAUUCAGUGCUGCACUGUUGAGCUGGAGCUGGCCAGGUCCUGUGCCAUAGCUGCCUACAUAUGAGGCAGGUAGGCGGUGGCCACUGGAUCGAUGAGGAGCCCAUUCCUAGACCGUGCUGGACUGGACUGAAAACGCUGCAAGCCCUGGUCAGCCAACAAGAGCUUUUCACUCCUGAAGGAUCUGGGUUGGUUUGGAGGUGCAAACAGUGCUAUGAGCCCCAACCUUUGGAGUCCUUCUGCUUGCUUUGCCCAAGACCUCCUUGGAACACAGACCACACUUGAAUCCUAGGGUCUUUCUAGGAUGCUCUGCCCUUCCAGGCCUGUCUUUGGAUCACUUACUGGGUAGUUUCCCCUUCGCUAUCUGUUUCUCUGCCCCACCUGUGAUACUGGCCCCUCCCUUUAUUUUGGUUAGCCUCCUUAGUCCCAUGUUGAAUGGGUCUUAGCCAUUUAGAUAGAACCUGCUUCUCAGUUAGCUUCCUUGAGCCUCAGUUGCCUUUCAGGACAUCCAGACCCUCCUACUGGGCACACCUUGCCUCCCUCUGCAGAAAUUCUCCUGGGUGUUCCUGCAGCAUUUAUCCCCACACAAUCCUACCCCCAACUUUCGGAGCCUACUUCGUCUACGCAGCCCUUCUUCCUCAUUCUGUAGACACCAUGGCAAGUCUUGCCCCGCUGUGUCCCCUUUUCUGAGCCACAGAUCUUGAUCCACCUGUGUGAAGCUUUUGUUUGCUGUUCCCUCUCCUCAGCAGUGGGUCCUCCCAGGUUCCUGGGGCCUAUAGUCUUCAUGAGAGUUUGUGGUAUUCCGAUCCAUACCUCUGAGGCUGGAAAACUGUUUUGUUAUGUGUUGUUAUGCCAUGGCUUGGUGUUUCAUUGGGUACCAUGAGUCUUCCUUCCCUCCAUGAUGUCUUCCGGGCCUCUGUUAAAGCUUGAUAUUCUCGGUACCUGUGCUGUGUAGACCUCUGACCCUCUGACCCAGAUCCCAAGGAGGUAAUGGUGGAGCUCUAGCCCAGUGAGGUACCCAGAGGCCACCUGCCCUCCCUGUGUAGACAGCUGCAUCCUCAGCUCCACAGAAAAACAUUUUUAUCUGCCCACACCUACCCACCCUCAGCUGAGCAGAUAGUGCCCAGGCAUGUUCCUGUUGGGGGCUGUGGGGCAUAGAGAAGUGACCACCUGCCAUGGAGUGCCAUAGCCCAAGACUGGCAGAAGCUAUUCCUCUGGUGCAGGCCUCCAGGUGCUAAACGCCUGGGCCAGAGACACUCUCCUUGGAGAUGUCCCGCCCCUGGAGGUGCUGCAGCUUUUGCUUCAGGUAUACAGUAUCUCUGCCAGACUCUGUGUGGCCAGGGGCUGUUGCUGACUGGGGAUGCUCCUGUUCUGCAAUGGACAAGGCACGGUGUCACGUGGAGUGUUAGAGGCACUUCCUGCCGCCCAACAAGUCCCCCGUGAGCCGUGCCCCACCUGGAGUGGCACCGAGUGCAGAGGAGAGCGUGUGGUCUGCGGGCAGCAUCCAGCAGUGAGCAGCUACCUGCUGUAGGCCCAGGCGUGCACACGGAUGCAGCUGAAGCAGCCCUCUGAUCAGGUCCCGGCACCCUACAGGGGAGGGCUCGCCGCUGGAGCCUGUCAGUGACUCUGACCCUCACCCACUACUGCCAGAAAUCACGGUGGCUACUUGAGAGGGGUCCUUUCUAGUCUGGCAAAGGUUUGGGGCUUCUGCCCAUUAUUAAAGGGGACUGAGGCACAGAAAA